GUUCCCAAAAGAUCCCCCACUCUCGUCACCGAGGCGCGAAACACCAGAAACGGUCUGGCCCUGGUAAAAGAUGUCGAAUUUAUUACAUGCAAAAUUGCUCUUUGUUUGGGCCCUAUUGAGCCCAGACUUUGUGUCAUCUCAACGGGACCAACCCCAAGCACGCAUUGAUUGGACCGACGGGAGAUCAUUCGUUGCGCCGCCCUCGGAGCUGUUUGGUAAACGUCUGGGAUGUACUAUUGCCGUCCUGGAUGAUUGCGUCUUUGUCGACGGAGGAAGCAUCACAUGGAACCGAGGGAACCUGUCACAGCCAAUCUGGGCAACCGAGGACACCAACAAAAGCAUAAUGAUUCCUAUCAAGUCCGACGGAGCGGCGGGCCCAGAGGACUAUCACAUUGUUGAUAAGCCCAGUGGUUUUUUCUUGCCGAAAGAGCAAGGACUAUGGGUCGACACAAAAGCAACACCUCAGAGGGUAUACAGCUGGGGUGGGAGCAAAAGCGCUCAAUCGGGGAAGACGCCAGCCGUGGAGGCAUUCCGCAAGUUCACACGAAGCAACAAGCAAGGCGACAACUACACGGGGAGCUGGGCCGCCGAAAACCAGCUGCCGAGCGAUGGUUCUACCGAUCGUCCAAUUCUCUCGAACCAGUAUGCCACUUGGGCAACCUGUAAUGAUAUUGGUAUCAUGGUCGGUGGAAGAUUCGGCAAUGAAGUCACUUCAUCCGGCUUUAUUACUUACAACAUGACGACAGGGAAGUGGUCAAACGACACCUCACAAGUCUUUCCAGAAGUCAUCAAGGAUCAAAACAGCAAGAAAGACAUUGCAGUUCCGAACACGUACAAACAGGGUGCCGCUGUAUGUCUCCCGACCAUGGGGACUGGUCAAGGCGGCUUGGUAUUCUUCAUCGCAGGAAGUCAGACAAGUGCUGAUCCGAGGAGCCCAAGUGAUGUAUACAUGCCGAUGGAGACGGUUCAAUUCUACGAUACCCUCACUCGGACUUUCCACAAGCAGAGCACGAGCGGGGCCGAGAUGCCCGCCCUGAGGUCCAAGCCCUGUAUCGUGGCCACGCAGGCCAGAGGUAGUGAUGGUCUACAUUCCUCGUACGAAAUCUUCAUGUUUGGAGGUCAGAAAGGCGGGCAUCUUGUCGAUGCCGACAUUUGGAUCCUCACCAUCCCGGGAUUCCGAUGGUUCAAGGCGCCAGACACCGAGCCUUACAAUGCUAGGAUUGACCACGACUGCGCCGUCAUCGGACCUGGCCGGCGGCACAUGAUUAGUGUUGGGGGACGAAAUGACAACUCGGAUAUCCCAGGCAGGGACUAUUGGAUGAACGGUGUUGGUAUAUACGACAUGACCAAUCUGACGUGGAGUGUCCCACACGUGCUAGAUGGUCCAGCCUACGAAAAGCCACAGGCUGUGAGGGAAUGGUGCGCUGCAGGAAAUCUUGAUAGUGUCGUUUUUGAGAACCGCGAAACAGCCAGGAUCUUUGGCCUGGAAUCGCAGUCCAGCGGCGAGGAUUCGGGUUCACAGCCCUCUCCGCCCAGUCCGCCCAGUCCGCCUAGCGAACAGACGCAGUUGCCAAUCGCUGCCAUCGUCGGCGGCGUGUUAGCAGGAGUGGUGGUAAUCUUGUCGGCAGUUUCGGCAGCCAUAUUUAUCCGACGCCGUCGACGGCGUCAGGACAAUAGCAACACACAAGAGGGAAACGGCGAGGUAGACAAAAAGACUGCAGAGGCUAGUGACAAGCCACUGUUAGACUCAACACUUAUCCACGAGCUGGCACCGGGAACCAAGGCGCACGAGAUGUCUUAUCACGACAACGCCGUUCACGAGAUGCCCGGCACACAUGGAGCUGCUGGGGAAUUGCAGGAUAGGGAUAUUGCGAUCGAGAUGCAUCAUGACUCUAGGCCACAAGAGUUGCCUGGUAGUGACGUUGUAACGACAGGCAGAUAACUCCUCGCUUUGGCUGUUCUUGGCCGGCAUAUUUGUAGCGAGAAUUUAAUUUGAUCAAGGACCUUUAUAUAUUAUUAAUAUUAAGAAGAAGACAUAAGUAAAAGC